GUCGCGAACGAUGAGCGCGCCAACGUCGCUGCGAGACUUAUAUAUCGACGGCGGCGCAGCAUGGGCAUUCCAGCCGCAGAACGGCACGAAUGCGCCUGCGCCGCCUGUCUCCUCUGUCCCUCCGCCGCCGCCUGCGCCCUGGACGCACCGGGCGGCGCACAACUCGAUCUUCGACCUUUCGCCAUCGCUGGACCUGUCUGAGCCGACGGGGAUCAAUGCGACGGAUUUGUUCAAGGCGCUGGUGGCGUCAGCGGUACUGCAGUAUACGAGUACGGCGAUUGCAAUGCCUUGGGAGGUGGGCAAGCUGCUGCUGCAGGUGCAAUGGGUGCCAAGGGAUGCUGGAGAGCUAGAGCAUGUGCCUCCAUUGGAAGAGGAAGAGGAAGAGUCAUCAGAGCUCAGCGAUGAGAAUGACGAGGAAUCCUACUUUGCCGAUCCGAACUCAGCACACCCCGGGCGACAUCAUGCACCUGUGCACGACGAGGGCUCUCCUCCGCGACACGGUGUCCUACAGGAUGGACGGCCGGAGUAUAUUAUCCCAGUCGGAAGUGCGGACGGUGUCUGGGGUAUGAUUAAGCGCGUUGGGCGCUUCCGUCUUGAAGGAUGGCUGUCCUUAUGGAAGGGGUUGUUGACUUCAUGUGCGAGCGAGGUUGUCUCGUCCACCCUGCAGCCUGUCAUACACAGCAUGCUGCAGGCCUUGUUUGCCCCGUCCCUCUCUCCAUUCCAGCAACAGCCACUCAUACUUCCCAUCACAUCGCACCUCUUGACGGGCUUCCUCCUCUCGCCCCUCGACCUCGUGCGCACGCGCCUGAUUGUCCAGUCGGCGUCCCCCCACUAUCGGUCCUACACCGGACCCAUCGACGCUCUUUCGCAAAUCCUCCGCGAAGAGGGCGGAUGGCAUAGUAUAUACUUCCACCCCCAACUUCUCAUCCCCACUCUCAUUGACUGCACCCUUCGCCCGCUCGUCAGCUUGGCGAUGCCGGGUCUCCUUGUGCGUUACGUUGGCGCACGCAUCUCGCAAGAUUCGCACCCCGUCGCCUGGGGAGCGGCCGAGCUCGCAGGUUCUUGCCUCGGGCUGCUGGUCACCCUGCCGUUCGAAACUAUCCGCCGUCGCUUGCAGGUGCAAGUUCGGGGUACGGCGCGCCCAAUACGCGGGUGCGUCGAGCUGCGCCCGCAGCCGUACGCUGGAGUCGUCGACACGUUCUGGCACAUCCUCACGGAGGAGCGCUCCGACCUACCACUGCCCGUUUCGCGGCAGAACAGAAGAAGAUCGUCAUUGAAGGGGAAGGAGCGCGAGGUUGUGGAGGAGGAUUCGGAGGAGAAGGACCACUGGACGAAGCACACGGGCCUGGGUCAGCUGUACCGGGGCCUGGGCAUGCGGUUGGGGGCGAGCGCUAUUGUGUUUGUUCUCGCGCUUCUGAGCGGGGACGACGGCGGGGAUAGUGGCUGGGCAGAGCUCUAAGGACGUGGAAUUUACAUAUCGUUGAUGAUUCUAACGCGCAUAAUGUUGAGGUCGAGGCCGAUGGCAUGCAGACUGACG